AUGGUAUUUCAGCUCGUCUGCUAAAAGAGUGCAGUUUCCAGAUUGCGCCCAGUCUGUGCGAAUUAUUUAACUACUCCUUACGUAUAGGCCGUCAGCCGUCUUCCGUCGGAAUGGAAAGCUGCUGACAUUACUCCCAUACACAAAAAAGAAUCAAGGGAGCAUGCGGAAAAUUAUAGACCCAUACCUCUUCUUCCUGUGAUUGCCAAACUGUUGGAACGGUGCACAGGUACUUUAUGAGCACAUGAUAAGUGCUAUUUCUCCGUUGCAACAUGGUUUUGCAAGGAAUCGUUCGUGUAUUACUCAACUCUUACGAGUGCUUCAUUCAAUCGCGCAGAACUUAGACCAGAACAUCCAAACUGAUAUACUAUACUUAUAUUUUGCCAAAGCUUUCGACUCGGUCGAUCAUAGUUUAAUAGUGACAAAACUCAAGUGUUACGGCGUGAAAGGGAGAAUGCUUAAUUGGUUCCAAGACUAUCUUACUAAUCGGACUCAAAGAGUAGUUAUGAACGGGGUAGCUUCUGAUUGGACACUAUGUUACUUCAGGUGUUCCUCAGGGUAGCAUAAUUGGACCAAUGCUGUUUGUACUAUUUAUUAACGACCUGCCAAAUGUCGUGCAACAAAAAACGAAGGUUGCCUUAUAUGCUGAUGACACCAAAGCCUCCAGAGGGAUAACGUCCGAAUGUGAUGCUCAAGAACUACAGCAAGCUUUGUGUAAUUUGACGAGUUGGAGUACCAGCAAUAAUAUUUCUUUCAACGAAUCCAAAUGCAAGGUGAUGUCAAUUACUCGAAAGAAACGUCCUGUCACCUUUGCAUACCACCUUGACCAGUUUCUCAUAGUCAACGUUGACCAAGAAAAAGAUCUCGGGGUAUUAAUGUCAAAAAACUUGUCUUGGGACUCCCACAUCCAUAGGAUAACUGCUAAAGGAAAUAGGAUGCUGGGGUUGCUGAAGAGAACCUGUCCUCUAUUGAUGAAUGUAAUGGUAAGGCGAACACUAUAUUUGGCUCACAUGAAGUCACAACUUUGCUACGCUAGUGAAGUCUGGUCCCCUCACCAUUGUUCCCAGAAGAUCAAACUGGAACAAGUGCAAAGACGUGCCACCAGAUGGAUCCUUAGAGUGAAGGUGGGACACGUUACUUACAGAGACAGACUAACUAGUCUUCAUCUGUUACCUCUGUGUUAUGAUCGUGAAGCUUAAGACCUUAUAUUUUUCUAUAAAGCUCUUCAUGGUUUAUAUGAUCUAAAUGUACUGGACUAUGUCUCUUUUGUCACUCACGAACGGACACGUCUUAAUAGUAAUUCAACUCUAGUUUUAAAAACUCCACUUUGUAAAACAAGUACUUUUAAAGCCUCGUAUUUUAAUCGUAUUGUUAGGAUGUGGAACUCUAUAUGUAAGGUUGCACCGAGUAGUAGUUUUAGUAGUCUCGCCUCAUUUAGGUUUCAAAUCAAACUUUCUAACGUACCUUUAGGUACUGUUUUUGAUGUGGACUUGACCUGUACUUGGUCAAUCGUUAGAGACUGCGCUUGUCAUAGGACUUGAGGUGCUUUUACAUUCUGCGAUUGGUUGGGCCCAUGGGGUAUACGUAUUUUGUAAAAUGAAUAAUUAUCCAGCUUGCACGUUUUAUAGCGUUUCACAAGACAUGAAAUUAGGGGGGGGGUUAUAUUAAUCUCUGCAUUUGGUCCUACCUAAAUGGAGUGUGUAAAAGCACUUUCAAGAAUUAUAAGCUGAAAAUUUUAUUAAUCGUAAUAUUUAACUUAUUUUGUAAAUGUACAUGGGGGUAGCCUUGCAUGGGUUCUUAUGACCCGUUCGUUACUUUCCCCUUUGGGAACUAGCUGUUACUGUUCCUAAUAAAGCUGUUAAAACAAAACUCUUUGUAACCGAUCAUAUCGAGACUGUGGGAGACCAUAAAACAAUCAACUGCAUGAUCAACUCCUCCCUCUCGCUAGGUUAUUUUCCCUCUGCUUGGAAAUCCACCCUUGUCGAUCCAAGGCUCAAUAAAACUGGUCAACCUGCAUCGCUAUCAAAUUUAAGACCAAUAAGUAAUCUCCAGUUUGUAUCUAAACUGACGGAAAGAGCUGUAAGUGACCAGACACUUGAACACAUUAAAUGUUCAGAUAUAUACCCAAUCCUACAAUCAGCAUAUCGAGCUGGUCAUAGUACGGAAACAGUCUUACUAAAAGUACAUAAUGACAUCAUGUGCUCUAUGGACCAACAAAGAGUCUAACUCUAGUACUUUUAGACUUGAGUGCUGAAUUUGACACUGUAGAUCAUCAAGUGUUAUUACGUCGUCUUGCGGUCAGCUUUGGCAUAACAGGUGCCGCCCUUAAAUGGUUUAAAUCCUACUUAACUAACAGAUCUCAACGUGUGCUAAUAAAUGGUAACUACUCCGAAAGUUUCUCUCUCCCUCACGGUGUUCCUCAAGGCUCUUGUCUCGGUCCGUUGCUUUUCACAAUCUACGCAAGCAAGCUAUUCGAAAUAGUUAAGUGUCACCUGCCAGACGUGUAUGCGUACGCUGAUGAUAUUCAAUUAUACCUUUCUUUUAAGCCGGACGGUGCUACUAAUGAGCUUGACGUAAUAUGUGCACUACAGAAUUGUAUCAAGGACAUCGGGACUUGGAUGACAGUUGAUAAGCUUAAACUGAAUGAUGGGAAGACAGAGUUUUUAAUAAUUGGAACCGCUGCUCAGCUCAAAAAGGUUAACAUCUCUAGUAUUGUCAUUGGUCAAGAUAAUGUUCCAGUAGUAUCGUGUGCCAGAAUUCUCGGAGUAUGGUUUGAUAACAACCUUAAUAUGUCACAUCAUAUAAAUAAGACUUGUCAAUCCGUAGUAUAUCAUCUUCAUAACAUUAGACGUAUUCGAAAGUUUUUAAGCUAUGAAGAUAGAAAGUCUGUGGUACAAGCACUAAUAAUGUCAAGGAUAGACUACUGUAACAGUCUUCUAUUUGGUGUCACAGAUGUACAUCUGUCUAAACUACAACGGCUGCAAAAUACAGCAGCACGUCUUAUCUGUUCUAUCCCUAAACAUGAUCACAUCACUCCGACUCUCAUCAAACUACACUGGCUUCCCGUUCGAUUAAGGAUCAAGUUCAAAAUUGUCAUGCUUGCUUUUAAAUGUAUCCAUCAGUGUACACCUCUCUAUCUUGUCAAUCUUUUAAAAGUAAAAAAGACAUCGUGCUAUAGUCUAAGAUCUAACGAAGGCACAUUGCUUGAAGACUACAGUAUAAAAACAAAGAAAACACUCGGCGACAGAGCAUUUGUAACCUCCGCUCCAAAAAUCUGGAAUUAAUUACCUAUGUAUAUUAGAAAUCUGCAUAACUUUAGUAUUUUCAAGAAAUUAGUUAAGACUUAUUAUUUUUAUAUAAUCUUCUUUAUAUUUUUAGUUAGUAACCAUUCAGCAUAGAAUAAUUUUAGUGUAAUUAUGUUUUGUGAUGCGCAUUUGAUCAUAUACUAUAACAUAUUAAUUUCCGCAAAAUAAAUAUUAAAUACUAUUAUUAUUACAAUAGUCCAGAUGUGAAGUAACAAUAGCAUGAACCGAAAUCUUUGUUGUAUCUUCUGAAAAGAAUUUCCUUAUCUGCCGGAUAUUAUAGAGGUUGCAAUAUGCCUCACUAUACACACCUUUCCAAUGUGAAUAUCCAUCGACAUAUGUGAGUCAAACCACAUUCCAAGGCUUUGCACCACCUCUACAGCCUCGAUCGUAGACUCACCAUCUGUAAUUUCAAUGAUUUGAAUCAUAUGCUGCUUUGAACCGAUAAUAAAUUCAGUCUUGGAAUCAUUUAUCAAGAGACGGAUAGAAAGCAUCCAGGCACGAAGUCAGCAACACAGUUUUCAAUACUCUUAGUGCAGCAUCUUGUGAUGAUAGAGAUGUAUCCGGCCAAAACGAAUGAUAAAUCUGGGGCGUCAUCUGCAUAAGUAUGUGCAUUGGGAAGAUGUUUAUCAAUGAUCUUAAAUAACCCAGCAACGUAGAGUAUGAACUGGACAGGGCCACGACAGCUACCCUGCGGCACUCCCGAUUGAAGAUUGAAAACUUUUGAUUUAUGGUCUUUUAUUAAAAUCGUUUGUUUUCUCUCAGAUAAAUAAGAUGUGAGCCAUUUGAAGGCAUUUCCAGCUACAUCAAGGUCCUUUUCAAGUGUCUCCAGGAGGAUUUCAUGGUCGAUAGUGUCGAAUGCGGUACUUAGGUCGAUUAGCACAAGAAGCGUAACCUUCUGGCGAUCCAUUCCUUAUGAGAAUGUCAUUCCGGACUUUUAGUAAAGCUGUGUCUGUUGAGUGAUUUUUCCGAUACGCUGAUUGAUACUCGGGAAAAGGGGCAUUUGUAGUACAAUCUAUAGAUAACUGAGAAAUCGUGAACCAAUGCUAUUUUCCAAUGAUUGGGUACAAUUCCUUCAGAGAAAGAGAAAUUAAUUAUUUCAGUAAUGACUGGGGUCAAUUCAUGACAACAGAGUUUAACCAUGCAAAGAUGUAGGAAUAGGGUUCAAUUGACUGGAAGCACUUGAAGAUUCAAGGAAAAUCCUCCAAUCUUCAUCCUCACAAACCGAAGAAAAUUCAUCUGCAUUCACUUCAGGCAGAUGACAUGGAACAUCAGGUGGAUUAACGGAGAUCUCGUCAAUCUUUGAUUUCACGAGUUCAAUUUUCUUAAGGAAGAACUGACCAAACUCGUUAGAAAGGAUGGAAGGAUCGUUAUUAUGAAUACGUAACUCCUCAACUAGACGUUCUUUGCUCACAGAGUUCACAAUUUGGAAUAAUUUCCAGCACAUUUAUCAAUAAGGUUGGAAUAAUACAUUUUUCUGGUGCCAUUCAAUAAAGCACUGUAGGCAUCGCGUACCUUACGAUAAGCAUUCUUAUCACAUUCAAUUUUCGAUUUAAGCAUGAUCCUUUCCAGUUUCCUACGUUUAGCUUCCAGCUUCUUUAAACUAUCAUUGAACCAAGGAACCAUUGGUCGAACUGCUGUCAACCAUAUGAUCAAUGAUAACGGUGAUUUUGUUCCUUGCAGAGCGCAAAUUAACACAAUGUUGGUGUUGAAGAAAAGUAUUUGUUUUAGGCUCCAAACAUGGACGACUGACAUCGCUUGGUUUAUCUUUCAUCGGAAGCAUGGGUAUUUCGAUCAAAGGAAGGAAAUUCAGGCACUCCAAUGACAGUGGCAAUUUUGACUUGAAAGAAUACAAAUAGAGGCUCCGUCAAUCUUAUGCUGGAAUUCAUCUAGAAUAUCAUUUGUAGGAGAAAACAAGCUUAAGGCACUUUUAUGCAUGCUUGUUGCCGAAAGUAUAUACUAGACUGAUUAGCGUUUGUUAUUGAAGUAACGCAUCGUUGUGGUAUGCAAAUUUAUUUUGCAUUCUUGCAAGCCUAAUUCCAAUGCAGAGAAAAUAUAAUUUACGAAAUAAGUCAUUUUUCCUAUGGGAAAUUCUAUUUCUUAUAAAAAUUUUCUCACCAUUUUCAAAUCCUAUAGGAAUUCUUAUAGGAAUUUUCACUUCUUAUAGGAAUUUUUUCGACCAUUUUCCAAUCCUAUAAGAAUUCCUAUAGAAAUUUUCAAAUCCUAUAGGAAUUCCUAUAAAAAUGUUCAUUUCCUAUAGGAAUUCUUAUAGCCAUUCCCAAUCCCAUAGGAAUUUUUAUUUCCUAUAGGAAAUUUUCGUAAGGGAUAACUCGACAAGCCUCUGCAGUUUGUUCAACAUAACAGGCUGCCUACCCAUAUAAUGGAAACAUGCGAACGUUAUACCCAUCCACAAAAAAGACUGUGUCGAACCCGUGACCAACUACCAUCCCAAUAGACCUUUCCCCUUAUAACCAAAAUUUUGAUCUAGGCAAGUCCAGACAAAUAUUUCAUCACAGCUUGAAAGAGCGUCACAAAAUUAGUAAUAUUCCAAAGUUUCGUUGCGAAAUGUUGUAAAAUGAGGAAAAUAGACCCUUGCGAAGUUUGCAAUUUUCAGUCCUUUUGCAUUACAAACGGGAAAUUGCAACCCCAACACCCGAAUCGGAUGCCAAUUUCCCGUUUGUAAUACAAAAUGACUGAAAAACGGCAAACUUCGCAAAGCUAUAUUAUCCGCAUUUUACAAGAUUUUACAACAAAACUUUGGAAUAUUACUAAUUUUAUGAUGCUCUUUCAAGCUGUGAUGAAAUUUUUGUCUAGAUCGAAAUUUUAGUUAUAAGGGGAAAGGUCCAUUCCCUUCUGCCAAUAAUUUCCAAAGUUCUCGAAAGACGCGUUUUCAAUAACAUUUACCCGGCCCGUUUUCCCAAGAUGUAAAUCCAGUUAAUGUAUUGUUAUAUCCAUUCUGUAACUUACUGUGUCCAGUAAUCUUGGGGAACUGCUCCUAGUGCAUUACAAUCCCAUAUACCAUCAACCUUUCCACCGGCAAGUGAACUACAAGAAGAUUAAGUAACAUUCUCUAAUUUGGUGAUGACUUUGUAAUGUCGUGACUUUGUAAUGUUGUAUAAGGUUUUCAAUUUCUUACAUUCUUUAUGUUCACUUGCGCAUCUGACAAGAGAUCAACGAAAACAUUUGUAAAAAGCUCAGAAUGUAAAAAAACAACUGAAUGAGGUGUCAUAUAUAUUGCCACACCAAUAAUUUCCCACAUAUGUUAACUGUUUAUUUAAGGUUACAAAACACCUUUGAGUGUUAAUUUUGCCUAAAAUUGUUUUAUUGGUUUCAAUGAAAGCAUUAGACUAGUUCUACUAUCUGACCAAGUUUGAACAAAAAAUGUUGAAAACUCGCCGAGUUAUUUAAUAAAAUACAUUUCGCUGCAAUAAGAAAAACAUUGAAAAUGUAAUAUUUGAAUUCAAUUUUCUCCCGAAACAUUUUACGGUAAUUACUGAUUUUCAAACGAGUUGUGCUCCUGCGGGUUUUAACCAAUUUUUCUCAAAUUUUCACAGGACAUAGCUAAAUACGUCAGCUUCAAAAUUGUGUUCGGCUUUUUUUAAAUUUUGGAUAUUUUAAAAAUAAAGAGCAAUUCACUCAAACAAUUCAGAAAUAUAUUGCAGUCAUCAAAGAAAUCGCCAUAUCAGCGGAAUGACGAAAUAAACAAAAAUUUCCGAACACAGUUUUUUAGAACAACUAUUUUACUGUAUAAAAAUGAUAUUUUCAUAAAUAUAACUUAAAACCAGCAGGAGCACAACUCAAAAGCGUAACGGUACCGCGAUUUAAGAUUUUCCUGAAUAAUUCUUAUAUUAUUUUAUUGUUUGUUAAUUUUACACCUUUACCAUAUUUUGCAUACACUGGGGAACAUUUGGUGAAAAUUUGAUUCAAAUCGGACUGAUAUUGAGCGCGCAGUAGCGAUUUUCCGCAAAACGCCAAAAAGGGUGUCCUGUAACCUUAAGAUUUCUUUAUGCUGAACCAAUAUGCAUGCAGUAUCACUUGUUGCGGUAUCAGGUACAGUACUACUCUUCUAAACGGGCGAUAAUGACUUUAAUAAUUAAUUUCAUUGUUUUAAUAGCCGUUUUCGUCAGGUUACCGUCCUACUUGCUUAAGGUCAUCAGAUGAGAUCGAAGCUGGCAACGUCUAAUUAACUACUAUAAAACUUACGUAGGAUCACAUCGUCAGCCCCGACUCCAAAUUAUUGUUUCGUAAAAGGUACGUACAUAUACCUGGAAAAAACCAUGAAAUAUUAUAAACAUUCUGGGGUUAUUUAUUUUAAUAAUGUAUGUUUUUGUCCAUAUACUUUAUAACGCACUAAUUUAAGUAGAAACACUAGAGCUAAAAUGAAAUCGAUGUUUAGAAUCUGCUGUGCGUUGGACGUUGGGCCCCGCAUAUAAGAACCUAGAAUUUAAGAACCAUGCAGUUAAGCUAAAAUAUUUUAUUUAAACCCCUCUUAAAUAAGAACUUGUUCAGGCUAGAAUUUCAAAACAGAUUCUUAUAUUGAUUUUUUUUCUGUGUUGGUGUUAUCUACUCAGGUGAAUAUGAUGUUUGUGAUGUUACUCUGGGUGUAUAUCCACACCGGAUGUACACUCAGAGUAACAUCACAAGUUUUGAUGGUUGAGCAUUGGGCUAAGUAUUCCAAAGGUCGUAGAUUCGAUUCCCACCGUGGCCAGGCAUAUUUUUCCAGCUUGCCCGCGGUGUGGAUAUACACUCAGAGUAACAUCACAAAGACUCGUGUAUUAUCAAAAUAGAGUCACACUUAACAAUCUAGUGUAGCUUUAAAUUGCUUAUAGGAUAUAUAUAUAUAUAUAUAUAUAUAUAUAUAUAUAUAUAUAUAUAUAUAUAUAUAUAUAUAUAUAUAUAUAUAUAUAUAUAUGAAAAUGUUCUAGAGUGCGUGUUAUAUAAUUUCCAUACCCAGCGCAAGCAGAAAGAUGUUAUCUUCCGCGGCUGGGUUUUGAACCCGCGACCUUCGAAUUACAUAACACUUGCAGAACGAGUGUAUCUAAAAGUCGAGGGUCGAGAGUCGAGAGUAAAGGUCGAGAGUCGCGAGUAAAAGUCGAGAGUCGAGAGUAAAAGUCGAGAGUCGAGAGUAAAAAGUCGAGAGUAAAAAGUCGAGAGUAAAAAGUCGAGAGUCGAGAGUAAAAAGUUGAGAGUCGAUCGAGAGUAAAAAGUCGAGAGUCGGCAAAUGUCAUCAGAAACAACAAAGUCAAAAUAUUUUUAACCACGUUUAACACAAUCUAUAUAUAGCUUUACAUAGCCAUUCCGUAACAAGUACCAACGGCUGAAAUACAAACUUUCCAAUAAAUAUUGCUCUGUAUACAACAGUCAAUAAUAAUAACGUGAACAAAAAAGAUUGGAUAAAAAAAUAAUAUCGCAUUUGAUGCCUCAAUCUUGCUAAAUGUUUUCACAUAUGAUUUCAUUUUAACUGGCACAUAAACUCCGCUGAAUUUUGACAGCCAUCUCCAGGCUUGUAACUAAAAUGUCACUUAUUCAUUAACGUACGUUUAUAUCAAACGAGAGCGUAUUAAGAAAUCCACGUUAAUCACAAUCUAACGAUUCAUACAAUUGUGAAUUCAUAAAUACGAGCCAGUAAAAAUAGGAUUCUUUUGUCGUAUGGUGUGAUGGUAAUAUGUCUCGCACGUGAUUGUAAAGUCCUAGUAUAGUAUGUAGCUUCACAUACGAGUAAUUUUUCGCGGAAAUAGGUGCAUGUAAAAGCGGAAAGGAUGGACAGUAACAUAUAUAAGGAAGCAAUAUUAAAAACUAGUUAUUAGAUAAUAAUUAUUAUUAUACGGCAAGCAUUUGUUUUGAUGAAUCGCGCAAUUUGAUUGGCUGCUGACGAGGCAGGAUUUUCCCGUAUUACCCACGGGCAAUACGCAAUUUUUUUGCCCCGCGACAAGAGCCGAGUUUCAAACGGCAAAAAGUGUCUAAAAGUCUUUCAAAACUAUUCAAAACGAAGAAAAAUAAACCUAAACUAAAGAAAAGGAGCACCUUCUUUGGAUAAAGAACUUUCUCAAUAUGUUUUUGUUAGCGAAAGUCGAAAUUACAAGGUAAAUUUUACAAUGUUUAUAACUAUUAAAGAAGUCAGGAAUAGCUGUGUUUUGACUAAAGCAGCCACAACUAAAGCAGCCACAGAUUUAUAUUUUUUCCCUGAAAAUUUCUGGGGGUUUUCGAUAAAAAGAGAUAUAUUUAUGAGAUGAAGCGGACUAAAACCGUACUUGUCCAUACUGUUUAUUAAUUUUAUUGUUUUCAUAUUUGUUGUCUUUGUCUUUGAUUAAAUGACGAAAUACCUCGUAUUUUUCUUGAAAUACUAUCCAACUGUGUUAGUAUUCUAUAUAAAAAUUGCUGUAGAGUAGUUUUACUAACCAAGCUUGAGAACAUUUUUUACAAUUGUUCUUUUUUGCAAAUGUUUCGGACUUUGUACUUUGCCCUCACGUGACCUUUUUCCCCCAUUUUUUACAAACGUACAAUGCCAUAUAAUAAAAAAAAACUUACUGACCUCAACCGUUCGGGCAGUACGGGAAAAUAUCCAACCUCGGUCUUGCUGUAUUGACCACGCUAUCGCUCGGUCAAUACAGCAAGACCUCGGUUGGAUAUUUUCCCGUACUGCCCUCACUCUCGGUCAGUAAGUUAUUAAUAUAUAUAUAUAUAUAUAUAUAUAUAUAUAUAUAUAUAUAUAUAUAUAUAUAUAUAUAUAUAUAUAUAUAUAUAUAUAUAUAUAUAUAUGCCUCUUGUUUACUUUAAUUUCGAGAAUUUGAGCAUACUAAAUUUAGUAAAUUAUGUUUCGCAAAUAUUGUUUGCUUUAUGUUCCGAUACACAGGAAAUGAAAUUAGUUCAGCCGUCAUAGGCGUACGGGCGGGAAAAAAUCAGGGAGCCAGAAAGAAAUUUACCCGACUUUUACCCACUGAAUAAAAUUUUCCGUGUAACUAAAUUUCCAAAAUUGUCGUUGGGAAGUAGACAAAAAUAUUUUCCUAUUUGUCGAUUCCUCGUUACUUUUACAUAUUUCUGGUAUUUUCAAAUACUAUAUUGCAUGUACUGUCUUCUUUUUAAAUUUAUUUUCCCCAAUAUAUUUUUUCCCGAAUAUAUACGUUUAUAAUUUGGAUGAUUUUAUUUUGACUGGUGGGCGGGACUGCCUCCCCCCCGCCUCGUCCGUACGGCUAUAAUCAACCGUUGUUACGGAUCGGUUAUACAGUAUAUUGUGUUAAAAAUAUUUUGACUUUGUUGUUUCUGAUUACAUUUCCCGACUCUCGACUUUUUACUCUCAAUCGACUCUCGACUUUUUACUCUCGAUCGACUCUCGACUUUUUACUCUCGAUCGACUCUCGACUUUUUACUCUCGACUCUCGACUUUUUACUCUCGACUCUCGACUUUUUACUCUCGACUCUCGACUUUUACUCUCGACUCUCGACUUUUACUCUCGACUCUCGACUUUUAGAUACACUCACAGUUACGCUACAGUGAGCUCUAUAUAUAACUGGAGCAACGAGCAAUUACGCUACAGUGAGCUCUAUAUAUACCUGGAGCAACGAGCAGUUACGCUACAGUGAGCUCUAUAUAUAACUGGAGCAACGAUCAGUUACGCUACAGUGAGCUCUAUAUAUACCUGGAGCAAGAACUUCAGUCACUUAGCCUGGGAAAAAUGAAGGCAAGAUGGUCAUGGCUAGAAAUCUGCGACAGCCAGCGGUUUGUAAUGCAGGCGCACGCGCCGUCAGUACGUCAUGUUAAUGAACAUAUUGAAAAGCUGGAAAGUACGUAAAGAAACGCUCUUUAAAUGUAUAUGCCCAAUAAAGACAUGCUUCCUUCUCGUCGGCAAACACUACAAACUCCUUUAUAUUAUCCUGUGGAGCGACUGAUUAGUUGUCGCUUGUUUUACUAGACAAAUCCUCACUUGUUUUACUAGACAAAUGACUUUAAAUGACUUUUUAAAACUGUUGGACAAUGGACAAUAGCUAAAUGAUAAGUAAAUCAUGUCAGUGACAUAAUUAUGUCCAACAUUUAAUAUUUUAUGUCACUAGCUGAUAUUAUCUCACCUUUAUAGAAUAUGAAUCACGGACAAGAAUAUGAAAAAAAGCAAAAAUUUCGAUGCGCUUGCAUCGCGUUUUAGCGAAGUAACAAGGCGAUUUUAAAAUGAAAAAUAGAGGCAAAAUAUACCAUUCUUUCCUCUACUUGGGAACAGUAUUGAUAUAAUAUCUUUAGAUAAAAUUGUGAUAAAAUUCAUGGGGAGAACAAAGUGUAUCGAUUACGAUUUAUGGAAAUCCAAUGUUGAUGUACGAUCAGCCUGAAAAUUGAAGCGAUUAUGGGGUUUCGUCGUGAAAAUAACCUGGAUUACUAGUAAAGUGCGCGUGAUUAUAUACGACGAUUAUCAUUCAAGAUCGAUUUAUGGAAUCAUCAUAUUUGGUUUGUAGGACCAACAAAAGCCGAAAAGGCAAGUUAACGUAAUGCUUUUCUGGUUAUUAAACUUAUUCACUUAAUAUUUACAUUACAAAGGAGCUAAGCGUGCGUGUCGGCCAUGUUGUCGCAGAUUUCUAGCCAUGGGAAAUUGAUGUUCAAUAGUUAUGAAGGUCGUCAAAGUUUUAAUACCAUUUUCCCAGCCAAUUACAGUUUUUUCUAACAGACCCUAUCGCUAAACAAGUUAUCAGUUCAUAAAACCAUAGUAUUAUUCUUUAAAUCCAUGUCAAAAUACGAAAUUUUGGCACAGUCCUUACCAGCUUCGUGUUAACCAUGUAGGCAUAAUAACCGUGUUAACCGUGUUAAUGGUUUAUGGCUCUUUUAAAAGCAUUUUGCUGGGCUUUAAUAUUUAUUAUUAGAAUUCGUGUUAACCACAUAGACAAAACCAAUAGAAAGGGCCUGGAACUGCCACCCAAAAGUUCCUUCAAUUAACACCAUCUUGGCUUCACUUUUCGGACUCGAGUUCUCGUUCCAGAUACAUAUGGAGCUCAGUGUUACCAGGCAUGUAAUCGUUAAACAGUAAACAAGCUUUUCCAAAGUACAAAACCAAAUCGAGAAUUGCUAAGCAGGCUGACAUUGAAGGCAAAUCAUUACCUGUUGAACUUGAAGUAAUCACGGUCAAAUAUUUUUAAUCUCCCAUCAAAAGCCUAUAAUUAAUGCAGAUGAUUGAAGUCAAUUACUAUAAUAUAGACCCAUUGCAUUGACGUCAUAAAUCCUUAGAGUGUCCUCCAGAUGCUCCCUAACAAUAGAGAGUUUAAGUUCGACUUCCGAUACCAAUACCGAUACUAACAACAUGUCAUGCGCAUGCUCUGUACUCGCAAGAAGCACGAGGACAAGUGUAUCGGAAGUCACCACUACCGAAGUCGGCCUUGUAUUGGAAGUCGGGGGAAUUGUAAGAUAAACUCAUAUAAAUCGGAUAUUUCAUAAUUUUUACGAUAAACAUGUAAACUAUUUGUUUAUUAGCAUCGCGUGAGUCAUGUUUUAGUCGGAAUUUUAGCUCAACUGCUUUUAGUAUACCGCACAUGUUCGGUGACGAAUAAUGUCUGUAUACUUUAUCUGUCGUGAUAACUUAACGCUUUAAAAUUCCCGGUACCAAAAUGAGAACGGAAGUGAAAACAUCGGUAUCGGUAUUCGUAUUGGAAGUCGAACUUAAACUCUCUAAUAUCUGUUCAGGUACAACAAUCACAUAGAGCACAAAAAUUAACUAUUUUAAUACAAAAUUAUUAUAAAGUUUUACAAAAUUUGCUUUGUUUUCACUAAGUUAUAUUGUGCAUAGAUUGCUAAUUUGUCCUCCAGAAGCAUCGUCACCGGCGCUGUGACGUCAUGUGCAAUGGGUCUAUACUUGAGAGAUUACAAGUCUUACAAGAUCACUCUACCUGAAAAAUAUAACAAGAAUUUCGAUGUUCCGAGCAAAGGCUUUUCUCUGGAAUUUGGUAGUGUGGGUCGGGAAAGCAUAUUAUAUAUAUUUCAAACACUCAUUAAUAAUUCAUAAGCUUAUUGGCAAAUCAUGUCAACCAUAAUAUGUCACGUGCAGUGGCUUUAAACCUGAUAAAACACUCCUAAUUAGUAUUCUUUAUAUAAAGAAUACUAAUAAGGCAAUAUCUAUUGUAGUCGUGUCCUCAUUAGUAUUCUUUGUAUAAAGAAUACUAAUAAGGCAGUAUCUAUUGUAGUCGUGUCCUCAUUAGUAUUCUUUAUAUAAAGAAUACUAAUAAGGCAGUAUAUCUAUUGAAUUUGUAGUCGUGUUUGAAGCCGUUUAAUAAACUCGCAGGUCGUGUUUUAUUAGGUCUAAACCCACUCGCGCUAAACCUAAUAAAACACUCCUACUCGUUUAUUAAACAUUACUCGUUUAUUAACAAACUCAUCUUCAUUAGUAUUCUUUAUAUAAGUGUUCAUCCUAAUUAGUAUGAUUACAUAAUUCUUCAUCCUAAUUAGUAUUCUUUUGUAGUUGUAUUUUUCUCGUGUUUUAAAUACUACUUAAAUACUACUUCAGGAAUCAUCAGGUGGUGAGUAAUUUCGAAAAUGUAGGUUGCUUUUAUGCUAUCGAAAGAAUGCGCGGAAUGCGUGUAGGCGAAACAAUGCUUAGGUGAAACAAUUGAUGCUUAGGCGAAACAAUGCUUGGGUCGAAAUCGGUUUUUGUGACGGAAGACAUUGGCAAGACAAAAUUGGCAAGGAAAACAUCGGCCUUUAUAGAGAUGACGGUUUGGCUAUUAUAAAAAGCAAAUCCGCCCGUUUACUAGACAAAACUAGAAAAGAGUUACACAAAAUUUUCGAGCAAUUUGACCUGAAAAUCACCGCCGAAGUAAAUUUGAACGUUGUAAAUUUUUUAGAUGUUACUUUCGACCUGAACAACGCAAAACACAAACCAUACAGGAAACCCAAUGACGAUCCAUUGUACAUCAACAGACAUUCAAACCAUCCAUCAAGCAUUACAAGACAAUUACCUACAGCUAUCAACAAACGCAUUGCACUUCUCUCAUCGGACGAACAAACAUUUAAGGAAUUUACCUGAACGCCCUUAGACGAGGCUUUCGUAUCCGUUACUCGAGAUAUUCCUCCCCUUAGUCCUAUCCCUUUCCCCGAUAGCCAAUUACAAAGCGAUUGUACUACAAUUCCAACCGAGUACAUUAUUAGGGAAGAAGACAUUUAUUAUAAAUUAUCUUCAAUAUCAUCCUCGAAAGCGGCUGGUCCAGAUGAAAUACCGAAUUGGGUCCUAAAAGAUUAUGCGCCCCUGCUGUCUUCCCCUGUUACUUCAAUCUUCAACGCCUCCCUUCAACAGGCGUCUGUUCCCGCGGUAUGGAAAAAAGCCGACGUCAUCCCUGUACCUAAAAAUAAGGUGCUGAGGGACAUUACUAAAGACUUGCGUCCCAUCUCGCUUACUGCCACUUUGUCAAAAACCGUGUGAACGUUUUGUCGCAGACUGGCUGAUGGAGUUGAUUGGUGAGAAGAUCGAUAAACGGCAAUUUGGAUCUCUAAAAAACUCUUCAACAACACAUGCAUUAUUGAGCCUUCUCCAUCACUUAUUAAACGAAACUGAUGUGCCGAAAAACGCUGUGAGAAUUUUUUUAUUAGACUUCUCCAAAGCUUUUGAUCAUAUCGAUCAUAACAUCCUCCUCAGUAAAUUAUCUGAUAUGGACGUUCCAUCAUUAAUAACAAACUGGAUAAGAAGUUUUCUUACUCAACGAAGCCAACGGGUCAGAAUGCCCCAUUGUGUGUCAGAAUGGCAAAUCCUCAACGGUGGAGUACCCCAGGGAACUGUUUUAGGCCCAAUCCUCUUCCUAAUCAUGAUAAACGACCUCCUCGCUGAUUGGAAAGACCGAUGGAAAUACGUUGACGACACCACCACUACCGAAACCAUUGGCCCAGAUUGUAACAGCAACCUUCAAGAACUGGUUAAUUACAUCAAUAAUUGGACUACGAGUAAUAAUAUGAAAUUAAACAUUGGAAAAUACAAAGAACUGGUUAUUGAUUUUGCAAAAAAGAAGCAUUGCUUUCCCCCUUUAACAGUCGAUAAAGUUAAUAUUGAACGAGAGAAAUCUGCCCGUAUCCUUGGCCUCACAGUCCAAGAUAACAUGAAGUGGAAUGAACAUAUAAAUAACAUAGUUAAAAAAGCUAGCAAGAGGCUCUAUAUGCUAAGACUGCUAAAAAGGUCCAACGCGUGUAUUGACACGUUAAUUACUGUAUAUACUACCAUUAUUAGGCCUGUUUUAGAGUACGCAUGCCAGGUCUGGCAUUACAAUAUCCAACAAUAUUUAUGUGACGAUAUUGAAAAAAUACAAAAACGCGCGUUGAGAAUAAUCCUCCCAUCGCAAAAGUACGACGAAGCGCUGAUCACGACUAACAUCACGUCACUGAGAGAUCGACGAGAAAAAUUAUGCGAACAUUUCUUUGAGAAGAAUAUUGACAAUGAAAAUCUCAAAGAUCUUUUACCACAAACAGUUUUAUCUGGAUAUGAUCUAAGACCGAUAUGUAAAUAUCAUAAUUAUGUUUGCAGAACCGAACGUUUUAAGAAUUCGUUUUUACCUCAAAGUAUAUUAAAGAUUAACAGUAAAUAAGUUUUUAGAAAUGUAAAUAAUCUUAAAUAUGUAAUUAUUAUGUAAUUUUAACUUAUCCUCUUAAUUUAUGUAAUACUGGUGUAAUUUAACCUUUUUGGGUUACAAAGUCAGUAGUUAUUAAAUCAAUUCAAUUCAAUUCAUAGUAACUUUGAUCACGAAUUUACGUACACUCAAGAUGCACCGCAACGGACACGUAGGAAUAGGUAACGCAACAUAAUUUGGUUCAACUCACCAUUUAGUAAGAGUGUGAACACGAACAUAGGACGGGAAUUCUUAAGUUUAAUUGACAAACACUUCCCACUACAGCACAGAAACAGUUUAAAAGUAAGCUACAGUUGCAUGAACAACGUUAAGUCUAUAAUCACCAAACACAACGCACAUAUAAUUAGGAACAGUCAAUCACAGAAUACGGAAACUGACAACUGUAACUGCGACAACAAAAACACUUGCCCACUACCGAAACAAUGUAUGACCAACAACAUUAUUUACAAAGCAACAGUCACAACGAACAACACGAACGACACUAAACACUACAUUGGUAUGACAGCGACUACAUUUAAGGAACGUUACGCUAACCACACUUCAUCUUUUCGUCAUAAAAAAAGACUCAAACAAAACGGAACUUUCGAAACAUAUUUGGAAAUUAAAAGAAAACAAUUAGAAUUAUAACAUCAAAUAUAAUGACGUGACGCGCUUGGCGCGCGAGCAGCGAGUCAAAUCGCUCCGUAAAAUUACUAAAUUUCGACCGUAUUUCUACAACUUUUUGGGUUAAAUUUAUAAAAGAAUUGUGGAUAAAGUGACUAUCUUUGGGAAAGUGAAGUUGGUGUGGUAAAAUUUUAAGUAUUGCUCUGUAUUUUGUUGAAUUAUUUUUCAAAUUGCAAGAGAAUUUACAACUGGUUUAUAAGCACGCGCAAGCCGGACGGUUGAAUUUGGCGUGCGCAUACGACUACGUGAUAAGUUUGCGCGCGUGAUUCAAAGGACGAUCUUACGAACUGUGUUCGACUCGAGCGCGUGCGGAAUUACGGUCAUCUAUUAGAACAAUUAUAUGAAUAACUAGUGACUUAAUUAUAACUUUUCGGAAAAUACGAAUUAAAAUGCUUAAAACCCACCAAACUUUCGCCAAAUCAGCAUCAUUUUGGACUGUGUGUCUCGUGGUGUCCUUCUGGCUGUCAACAAGAUCUAAACCUGAUGUGAACAUUAUCGAAAAUGCAACUGGAAAAGGCAUUCUUAUUUCCCCGGAACUUGCUAUCUUACCGGACAAACUGUGCUUUAUCUGGGCUUCUACGCGUGAUAGAAAGUUACGAAAGUUUGCUCUUCCCGAAAAACAUCGUUACGGACUGGAGUUUCACAUUUCUCGCAAAUGUUCUCACGUUGUGCUACUUAUUCUCCUUGCUGGCGACAUAGCAACCAACCCAGGUCCUACAACUGGUUCACGUGAAACAGACAAUUCAAAAACUAGUCUCGAGUUAAAAGUUCUGUAUUUAAAUGCCAGAAGUCUAAAAGCAUUUGUUCAUUCAAUUGGGGACAAAUCGGUAAAAGUUUGUAAAAUCUCGUUAUUGCAACAACUGACAUAUGAUGGUAAUUACGACGUUGUAUGUGUAUGUGAGACCUGGUUAAACAACUUAAUCUUAAGCAGUGAGAUCUUGCCAAAUUAUGGAUCUAUCUUCCGAUGUGACAGAGCUGACAGAAUUGGUGGUGGUGUUCUUGUUGCUGUGAAGACUGGUAUACAAGUCACACGCAGACAUGAUCUAGAACCUGAUAAUACGGAACUUGUUGUUACUGAGUUAAUGAAAUCUAACAACAAACCAAUUAUACUUUACACGUUUUAUCGUCCCCCCGACUCUAAACCCGAUGUCCUUCAGCAGCUAAAUUAUUCUAUCCAAAACAACCCAGAAUCAAGUCGUAUUGUAUUGAUAGGCGAUUUUAAUCUACCAUCAGUUAAAUGGUCGUCUGAUCAGAAAACCCCCAUCAACAUCGGAGGACCUGCUGAGAAUGAAAUCUUUUGCGAUUUGGUAGACGACAACUUCCUUCUGCAAUACAUACUUGGCCCUACCCAUACUGCUGGUAAUAAACUCGAUCUGUUGAUGUGUAACUCUCCUGAAAUCGUCGGCGACGUCUCCGUUCUCCAUCCCGAGACCAGUGGUUUCCCAACAGAUCACUACAUCGUGGAAUUUGACGUGAAGUUGAAGUUUAAAAGAGCCAAGCCAAUAAAGCGCCGAGUAUUCGACCAUGGAAAAGGAAAUUUCGAUGAGCUACGUAACUUCCUGACACGAUAUCCCAUUAAUGUUACCCCAACUGAUAGCAUUAAUGAUGACUGGGAACAAUGGAAGGACACUUUCUUAACUGCUGUGAGAAUGUACAUCCCGAUGAGAACUGUCAAAGACAAAAAUAGUCCACCAUGGAUCGAUAAAGAAGUGCGUCAACUAAUCCGUAAGAAGUACAAAGUUCUAAAACAAUAUCGCAGGAACAAAUCUGCUGAUCGAAAGCGUAAAUUACGAAGCGUUACUCAACAAAUCAAAUACUUGAUUCGAAGUAAACACCGAGGCUAUCUGGCUAAAAUAGAAAGUUCGUUCUGUGACAACCCCAAACUAUUCUGGAGUUACCAUAAAUCAAUUCUUCACCACCGGACAGGUCAGAGCAACGAAAUAACAUAUAAUGGUUUCACAGCCAAGACGGCGAAAGAAAAAGCGGAUCUUUUUAACACUUACUUUUCUUCAGUGUUUCGUCCAUCUUCUACCACUUGUAACCAGACGCCUCGAACGGAAAGCAAAGAGAACAUCUCGGAGAUAACAAUCGAUGUAGACGAAGUUGCGCAAUUUUUGCGUGCCCUUGAUACCUCGAAAGCAUGUGGCCCCGACGGCAUUCCAGCUCGCCUGUUACAAGUAUGCGCCCUUGAAAUCGCACCAAGCAUAUGUGAGUUGUUUAACCGUUCCUUGCAUACUGGUCAUGUUCCAUCUGAGUGGAAAUCUGCGAAUGUUACACCCGUCCACAAAAAAGAUCUUAAAGAACCGGCGGAACAUUACAGACCAAUAUCGUUGCUGCCCAUCGUUGGCAAAGUACUAGAGCGUUGCGUGUGCAUCAGACUAUAUAAUCAUGUCAGGCACCUCGUCACAAAAGCACAACAUGGUUUCCUUAGACGGCGAUCUUGCGUUAGUCAACUACUAUCGGUACUACACGCCAUCGGGCAAUCCCUUGACAAAAACGUUCAAACUGACGUUAUCUACCUCGACUUUGCGAAAGCUUUUGACUCUGUCGAUCACCAAAUUCUCCUCCACAAGCUUGCGUCAUACGGUGUGUCAGGUCAUUUAUAUGAAUGGUUCGCGGACUAUCUCAGUGGUCGUCGUCAAAGGGUUGUGAUUGAUGGAGCUACAUCUAAUUGGGUGCCAGUUACAUCUGGAGUGCCGCAAGGCAGUCUCCUGGGUCCUAUUCUGUUUGUGAUAUUCAUAAACGAUCUUCCCGACAUAUUACCUGACGAGACUUUGGCAGCUUUGUAUGCAGACGACACCAAACUGUACAAGUCCAUCACAUCAGUAGGUGACUGUGAAAGUUUGCAACAAGCUUUAACAGACCUUGACUGCUGGAGCCGUGACAACAACCUCAAUUUUAACGAGUCGAAGUGUAAGGUGUUGACAAUUACAAGGAAAAAAACCCCGCUGACGUACGCAUAUCACAUGGGCUCAAAGGAACUUACUCGUGUGAAUAAGGAAAAAGAUCUUGGUGUAUUCAUAAAUUACAACCUCUCAUGGGACGAUCAUGUUCAUACCAUCACCGCCAAAGGGAACAAGAUGCUUGGCAUGCUGAAAAGAACUUGCCCUCUACUGACUAACACCGCAGUGAGGCGGACGCUGUACUUGUCACUCGUGAAGUCCCAGAUAAGUUACGCCACCGAAGUCUGGUCUCCACCUACCAUCAAAAUGAGAUCCACAGUGGAACGUGUACAAAGGAGAGCCACCUCUUGGAUGCUGCAAGCCAAGCGCGGAGAAAUUGCAUAUAAACAGCGGCUGAUAACCCUUGGCUUAUUACCCCUGUGCUACGAAAGAGAAAUAAAAGACUUAGUGUUCUUUUUUAAGGCACUGUAUGGACAUAUUGAUCUUGACGUGCAUAGUUUCGUUUCAUUUGUCAACAAUGGCCGAACACGACUUAGUCGAAAUCCUUCUCUCACACUCAAAAUUCCUUUCUGUAAAUCCAAAACAUUUCAAUCCUCAUAUUUCAACCGGCUUGUCAAGUUAUGGAACCACGUCUGCAAAAUUCUUCCCUCUACCACCUUUGCCAGCCUCUCCAUCUUCAAAAGAUCUCUUAAAGCCACUUACGCUAACUUGCUUACGGCAACAUUUGACGUGGACAUGCCAUGCACAUGGACACUGGUGCGGGACUGCCCCUGCCACAGAUCUUAAGUAGUUUUAAUAGACGGUUCCUCUUAUUGUGUUCACUGAAUGCAACCACAUUAUGCUGAUGCAAUUGAAGCAUUCAUUAUGCUUGUGAGUUUGAAAUUAUUAUGCCUGCAAUACAUCCGUGAAGCAUUCAUUAUGCUUGUGAGUUUGAAAUUAUUUUGCUAACACAUCCGUGAAGCAUUCAGGUGGUUGCGUUCAUGGUCAUACUAAUAGGGGGAAGCGGCUUUUAUAUAUUUGUAUUUUAUGUAUGUGUGUAUUUAUAUUUAU